UUCAUUGUCCUUUUUCUUCUCCUCUUUUUGCAGAAGAGGUUUAGUUCCUUAUCUGAAGUCUUUGAUGGGACCAUGGUGGUUUUCCCAGUUUGAUUCUGUCUAUGAAGUUUCCCAGGCUGCAAAAAGAUCAUUUCAGGCUGCUUUUCCAGCACCAGAGAAGAGACUAGAUGUCUUGAUGUUAUACACAUCGGAGAUAUUCAAGUACAUUGAGGAAAAUCUGAAGCUUACUCCCCAGAGCAUGUCAGAUAAGAGUGUGGCAUCGGAUGAACUAGAAGAGAUGCACAUGCAGGUUAUUUCUUCAUCACUGUUGGCAUUGGCCACCCUUCUUGAUGUUGUGGUCAGCGCACAACCUGAACGGUCUGUUUCAGUAGCUGAGUUAAAGCGUGCUUCUAAAGCCAAGGCCAUUGCUGUGUCCUGUGCUGAGAACUUGCUAUCUGCUCAUAAGUUAUUUCUGGGAUUUCUGAAGUCUGAGAGCCCCGCUAUUCGCUCAGCCACUUACUCGGUCAUGAGUAGUUUCAUAAAAAAUAUUCCUCAUACUAUUAAAGAAACAGACAUUACACAUCUUGCGGAUGCAAUACUUGGAGCUUUCCAUGAAAAGGAUCCCUCUUGCCAUUCAUCAAUGUGGGAUGUGAUCUUGCUGUUUUCUGAAAAAUUUCCAGAGAGUUGGAGUAUCUUGAAAGUUAAAAAAUCUGCUUUAAGUAGGUUCUGGCAUUUUCUUCGAAAUGGUUGCUUUGGAUCCCAGCAAGUAUCAUAUCCUGCUCUGUUAUCAUUCUUGGAUGUUCUACCUGCACAAGCAGUUGAAGCAGAGAAGUUUCUUCUUGAAUUCUUUCAUAAUUUGUGGGCAGGAAGAAGCUUGAGUUAUUCAUUACAACUAGAUCGUCUUGCUCUCUUUAGAGCGAUGAGAGAAGGUUUUCUAUUUUGCUUGAAAAACACGGAUAGGUUUUCUGAUGCAGCAAAUUCCCACAGAUUUCAGCGGUCACUUACAGAUCAGAUCCUCUUAAAGCUGCUGUGGCACGAAUACCUGUUCUCUGUCAGCUCAAAGAACCAGGAAAGGGUCUUCUCUUCUAUGGAUUCUUCUGAUGAUGGCGUUCAACCUUCUCGUCAGGGAUCAAGACAACCUAAUGUCAAAAUUCCAGAGGGUUAUGUGCAAGAUCUUGGCAAAUGCAUUGUUGAAAUCCUUUCGGACUUUUCUUUACUGGAAGCUGACUUGCUUUUGCAAUUCUGUUCAGCAUUUCAACAGACCUGCUCGGGUGUAUUUCAACAAACAGACAGUUCUGUUGAGAAUGGAGAAGGGGUGACCGAGUUCUUGUCAGUACUGAAUCAACACGCAGUAAGGAAAGGUGAAACUUGGCCUCUAGUUUAUUUGGUGGGACCAACGUUGUCAAAGUCAUUCCCUUUGAUUAAAACACUCGAUUCCCCUAAUGCAGUGAGAUUUAUGGCGGCUGCUGUCUCUAUAUUUGGUCCGCGGAAGAUAAUUCAAGAGAUCUUUUGCAUUGAACCUGAAGCAAAACAAUUCUUGCAUGUCUUCAAGGAAAUCUUUAUUCCUUGGUGCUUGCAGGCUAACAGUCCCACUACUAGCAUGCGACUAGAUCUCUUGCUUUUGUUACUUGAUGAUGAAUGCUUUGCAGAACAGUGGGCUAGCAUUGUUACACAUGCAACAAAUUUGGAAGAACUGAAAUCCGGAAAAGGGAUUGUGGACUCUGAUUGCCGCCUCUCUCUGUUGGCUAUGCUCGUUGAGAAAGCAAGAGAACAAACUAGCAUUAGAGGCACUUUCCAAGUUCCCCAGGCUGCCCAUUGGCAUCAUCAGCUUUUGGAUUCUACUGCCAUUUCUGUUGCUCGAGCUUUUCCACCUUUUGAAACUUCUAGUGUUUCAUAUAUGCGUGCUGUUCUGGGUGGCAUAGCAGGAGAUGAUGAAACAAACUUUCUGUCCCAAAGUACAUUAGUACUAGUAUUCGAGGAGGUUCUUAAGAAGUUGACAGUUUUCAUGAUGGAUUCUCCCUUCAUAUGGGUCAAGGAAACGUGUUCUCUGAUACUUAUCAGAGACAAAAACACUGAGCUGGGAUUUGAACCUUCUAUUGAUGUGAAUCAGAUGGUUAACUUUGCUUUACAAGCGCUUGAUGGUGGUUUUUGUGCAUUGAAAUGUUUGAAUCAUGAAAUUGAGCUCGUUUCACGAAUCUUAGCUGCAAUUUUUGUGAUUAAGUGGGAGUGCCGCAUGGCUACUGUCUUCAAUGAUAAGUUUGGUGAAGAAACAGCGGAAACAAUUCAGAGAAGGUUGGCCUCUUGUGAACUAGUGCAUUCUCUCGAUCGCAAAAUUGAUAAUCAGUUCCUAUUUAGUAUCAACAUAGAUAGUCGAAAGAGCCUGGAGAGUAUCUUGGUCCAGGCUGUGAGGAUUGCUGUGCUCAAGGAUAGAAAUUUGGAUGCUGCCAAAGUCGCAUCGUUAUGCUGUCACUGGGUCCUUGAACUUCUUGAAUGUCUCUGCCCUGAUCAGUUUGGGGAACAAAAGCUAUUAGACAGAUUCCUAAGCCAGGACGAAUCUUGGCCUGCUUGGGUUGCACCAGAUAUGAAAGAUGGGAAAAGAGCAGCCGUGGUGAAAACUGAGAGUGUUUCAACCGAUACCCCAAGAGACACCAGGUUUGUUGCUCUGAUAGACAGACUUAUUCCAAAGAUAGGGUUUGACAAAAUUAUUGCUGGUGCUGUUUCUGAUGUGUCUCCAUCUUCAACUGAGGAUCCU